AUGGUUCUCAAGCGAAUAUCUGAAUGGCGGAAACUCCCUGUUGCUCUCUCUGAACUCUGUAUCGACACUACCCUCCGCUGUGGGCAGUCAUUCCGAUGGCAAAAAAUCAACGAUGAGUGGGUUUGCACUCUUCAUGGACGCAUCCUAUCCCUGAAGCAGGACUCAACUCACUUGCACUACAAAGUCACUUGGCCCGAGAAGAGCCUCAAGGGGUCUGCCGUAACGCAAAAGCUCACACCCAAGGCUGAAGAUGACACGCAAGCCUUGUUACACCAUUAUUUCAGUUUAGAUCUGGAUCUAGCGAGUCUCUAUGAGCAAUGGUCGAGUGUCGAUCCUAACUUCCGAAAGAAGGCACCGACCUUUACUGGUGUCCGCAUGUUAAACCAGGAUGCCUGGGAAGCAUUGAUAGCCUUCAUCUGCAGCAGCAAUAACAAUAUCACUAGGAUAUCACAAAUGGUUCAUAAACUAUGCAAGCACUACGGUCCCCUAAUCGCUCACAUUGAUGGCGUACCGUUUUAUGAUUUUCCCAACCCUGAUGAUUUAAUAGGGAAUGGGGUUGAAUCUAAAUUACGAGAGUUGGGUUUUGGAUACCGAGCAAAGUAUAUUGCUGAUACAGCUCGCAUCGUGGCACAGGAGAAGCCGAGCAACUGGCUGGAAACUCUGCGCAACCCCGACAAUCCCGGGUUCAGUUCGCAGCUGGCGCCGGAUGCCAGGAAUUCCACAUACAAGGAAGCACACGAGGCGCUCCUCGCACUGAAGGGUGUUGGCCCAAAGGUCGCUGACUGUGUUUGCCUGAUGGGUUUGGGAUGGGGCGAGUCUGUCCCGGUCGACACUCACGUCUGGCAGAUCGCCCAGAGAGAUUACAAGUUCGGGAAGAAGGCCAAGACCUUCAACAAGGCCAUGUACGAUGCUGUGGGGGAUCACUUUAGAGAGUUGUGGGGGAAGUAUGCUGGGUGGGCACACUCAGUCCUUUUCACUGCUGAUUUGAAAGCAUUUUCAGAUAAAUCACUUGUGAAAGAAGAGACUCACGGGGUUUCAAUCAAGGAGGAAUUGAUUGAGACCAACGGUAUCGUCUCGCCAAAGAAGAGGAAGCUCGUCGAGACCAAAACGGUGACAGUCAAACCCGAGCCGGGUGUCGAGGAAAUCAAAUUAGCUACGGAAGGGGAAGGGGAUGCUAAGCGGAGGCGGACUCGAUCUAGGGGACGAGCCUGA